AAAUUUAGUUUGCGUUCUACACCGGUUGUCAUUCUUCAAACGACCUAACGAAGGACCACCAAUAACAGGCGUAUUCGAGUGUUAGCAAAUCUUUAUUCAGUUGUAAUAAUUUUCAAACAACGUGUAUUGCGUUUUGUGAUACUCAAAACCACUCAUAUCAAAAUGGUUUACAACUUCAAAGUCUUCAAAAAAUGCUCACCCAACGGCAAGGUUACAAUCUACAUGGGAAAACGUGAUUUUGUCGAUCAUGUUUCAGGAGUUGAACCAAUAGACGGUAUCGUGGUGUUAGACGACGAAUAUGUUCGCGACCAGCGUCGAGUUUUUGGGCAAGUCGUGUGCUGCUUCCGCUAUGGACGUGAAGAAGAUGAAGUUAUGGGACUGAACUUCCAGAAAGAGCUAUUUUUGGCGUCGGAACAGAUUUACCCACAACCUGAAAAAUCGAACAAGGAACAAACUAAGCUGCAGGAUCGCUUGCUUAAAAAACUUGGUCCAAAUGCGUUCCCAUUCACUUUCAAUAUCCCGCCGAGUGCUCCUUCGUCGGUUACGUUACAACAAGGUGACACUGAUCAUGGCGAACCAUGUGGCGUUUCAUAUUACGUGAAAAUCUUCGCGGGUGAAAACGAAACCGACCGUACGCAUCGUCGUGGCACAGUUUCUUUGGGAAUCCGCAAGAUUCAAUUUGCACCUACCAAGCAAGGACAGCAACCAUGCACUGUAGUACGCAAGGACUUCAUGCUGAGCCCUGGUGAACUAGAGUUAGAGGUAACUUUAGACAAGCAGUUAUAUUUGCACGGUGAACGAAUUGGAGUGAAUCUGUGCAUUAGAAACAAUUCUAACAAGGUGGUCAAGAAAAUUAAGGCAAUGAUUCAACAAGGUGUCGAUGUGGUUCUGUUCCAAAAUGGAAGCUAUAGAAAUACUGUUGCAUCAAUUGAGACAAGUGAGGGAUGCCCCAUUCAACCUGGAUCUUGUCUACAGAAGGUGAUGUAUUUGACACCUUUGCUAAGUUCGAAUAAACAAAAACAAGGUAUUGCAUUGGAUGGCCAAAUUAAACGCCAUGAGCAAUGCCUAGCUUCCACAACAUUGUUGGCUCAACCAGAUCAACGGGAUGCCUUUGGAGUUAUCAUUUCCUAUGCCGUCAAAAUAAAAUUGUUCCUUGGAGCUCUUGGUGGUGAGCUUUCUGCUGAAUUACCAUUUGUUCUGAUGCAUCCGAAGCCUGGCAGUAAGGCAAAAACCAUGAUCCACGCUGAUAGUCAAGCAGACGUGGAGACAUUCCGACAGGAUACCAUUGAUCAACAGUCGGUUGAUUUCGACUAAACUUGCUGAACAAUUGUAGACCACUAUUGAACUGAUAUAGAUGACAACUAGCUGAUGUAACGCAAAACCAAAACGAACGACACAUGCUUUGAAUUUUAAACCUUACAUUGGUAUCUUUUAGUGUCAUAAUUGAAUUUGUGUGUGUGUUUAUGCUAUUAUUUUUGUUGUCAAAAUAACCUCUAAAUUUAUAUAGAAACAUGACAAAACUAGAGCUCUGUAGAAGAGAGAGUUUUUCAAAACAGCCAAUUGAUUAAAUGUUUACUUUCUGAGAACAGAGCGAAAUAAUUCUCAAAAUAAAUAGAACUUGUCUCUCGUCGAAUCUUACCGGUGAUAUUUAUAUGUAACAAAAAUGUGAAAAAAAAUAAAACAUUAAAUAAAAAAAAAAUAUGAUCGGGA